UAGCCAUUGGCUGCUUUCCAGCUAUGAAACAUUGUGUUGUCACUGUGUGACACAGUGUUACACAAUGUCGACUUGUAGCUGGAACGCUGUUUAGCUUUUUUAUUUUACCGUCAGAGAGCAGAGCAGUAACUUGUCACUAGCUUUUUCAAUGUAUAUAUUCUGAUUCAUAAUUCUGAUGAACACGGCUUUAAAAAAGUCUAUGGAUGUAGUUUUUAACUUUACAAAAAGAUACUUGUGUUAUAUGAUGGACAUGAAACAAAAGAUAGCGGUUAAUUUUUUAAUGGAAAAUGUACUAAACACUAGUACAAGUACUGAGAGUUCAGAUAUAAGUGAAAUCAGUUGGAAUAGCAGCUUUUCAGUCAAUACAUCUUUAAACAGUGAAGAAAAUGAUAGUUGUAUAUUGUUACUGCCUUUACUGAAAUAUUUAAUUAAUGGACGUAAGAAACAUCGAGUUGAACAUUAUCUUCAUGUUGUUGAUAGCUGGACAGAUUUAGAAUUUAAGGAACACUUGCGAGUUGAGCGUACCACUGCAAUUCAAUUAAUAGUAUAUAAUUUUUUAUAUGUUUUAGAUGAAUUACGUGAAAGUAAUUUUAUUCCUUCACACUCAUUUGGAACGAAACCAAUUGAAGCAAAACUGAGUUUUCUUAUUUUUUUAUGGCACAUGGCAAACACUGAACCUUUACGAACAAUAUCAGAUAGAUUUGAUGUCUCAAUUUCGUCUGUCUUUCGAGUAAUUCGCCGAGUAACAGCUUGGAUUUUGACAAAAUUAGAUAACGUUAUCAAAUGGCCUCAAGAACAACACAUCGAAUAUGUUUGUCAUCAGUUUUACACUAAACGAGGUAUUUCUAAUGUAAUAGGUGCUAUAGAUUGUACCCAUAUUAAAAUAGAAAAACCUAAUGUAGAGAAUGCAAGAGAUUAUUGCAAUCGGAAAAAAUACUUUUCUAUAAAUUUACAAGCUGUCGUAGAUGCGGAUAUGAAAUUUACUAAUAUAUAUUGUGGUCAGCCAGGUUCUCUUCAUGACGCACGAGUCCUGAGAAAAUCUGUUUUAUACAAUUCAGCUAAUGAACAUAGAGAGGUAAUUUUUCCCAAUGAAAAAUUUAUAAUUGGCGAUUCUGCAUACCCGUCAUUACAAUGGCUUGUUCCUCCUUUCCGUGAUAAUGGUUAUCUUACUCCUCAUCAGACCGAGUUUAAUUUUAUACAUUCUUCAACACGUAUGGUUGUAGAAAAAGCAUUUGGUUAUUUGAAAGGACGUUUCCGACGAAUUAAAUUUUUUUCAGAAUACCGCGAAAUGUCAUUUAUUACAAAUACAGUUGUAGCUGCAUGUAUCUUACAUAAUUUAUGUUUGAAUUGUAAUGACGACAAUUUUAAUGAUGAUAAUGUAGAAAUCGAGGAACCAAAUGAUAAUAUAAAUAAUGAUACUAAUGAAGAUGUUAAUUGUGAACUUCAGGUAGAUCGACGAAUGCAAGUAUUCAGAGAAAUAUUUGGCCAAGAAUAGAUAUAUGUGUGUAAUGAUUACUAUGUAUAUAAGUUAUGUAUAAAUACUGAUUACGUAUAUAAAAAAUAAUAGGAAAAACGUUGAGACACAAUAUUAUAUAAAAUUUUCUUGCAAAAUGCUUAUAAAUUAAUUGCGAUACACUUUAAUGUUCGACUUAUUGAUUAAUAAAAUUAAGUAUAAAAAAAUAAAUUGUACUGAAUGAAAAAGGACCAAAAUAAAUUUGAACUUUUCUUAAGCUUUUA